AUGCCAGCUGGCUCCAGGGUGAACCCACCACUAGCCAAGGCUGAGCCCAUCAGUGAUGGUAGUAGUGACUCUGGGAUAACAUGGCUAAGAAAUGGGAAAAACUACUGCACGAGAGCAGAUUGCAGACAGAGGAAGGAGAAAGAAUAUAUGAGAGCAACAACCCUGCAGACACCAGGGUCAGUGGAGAAGGAGAGGGACAAGGUACUCCAGGCUCUGGAGCAGAGAUUGCCCUGGAGCCCAGGUACAGACAGUGGUGGGGUAGCUGUGCUCCUUCAGCCCAUGGAGAUCCAUGGUGGAGCAGAGGUCCUCCUGCAGCCCGUGGAGGGGACCAUUUUGGAAAAGGAUACUGGGGUCGGGAAAUCGAGCAUCGUUUGUCGGUUUGUCCAGGACCACUUUGAUCAUAAUAUUAGUCCUACUAUUGGAGCAUCCUUCAUGACUAAAACUGUGCCAUGUGGGAAUGAGCUUCAUAAAUUUCUGAUCUGGGACACAGCUGGUCAGGAACGGUUUCAUUCCUUGGCUCCGAUGUACUACCGAGGUUCAGCAGCAGCUGUGAUAGUGUAUGAUAUCACCAAACAGGAUUCAUUUCAUACUUUGAAAAAAUGGGUGAAAGAACUAAAAGAACAUGGUCCUGAAAACAUUGUAAUGGCCAUCGCUGGAAAUAAAUGUGAUCUCUCUGAUAUCAGGGAGGUUCCAAUGAAGGAUGCCAAAGAAUAUGCAGAAUCCAUAGGUGCAAUUGUUGUUGAAACCAGUGCAAAGAAUGCUGUUAACAUUGAAGAACUUUUUCAAGGAAUAAGUCAGCAAAUUCCACCGUUAGAUCCUCAUGAAAACAGUAACAAUGGAGCAAUCAAACUUGGAAGACAGACUUCACAGACGGGUAGGCGGUGCUGCUGA